AUGAAUUUAACUCUGAACGUUUAUCAUGACGUUAGGCGGGGAGGCAGAAACUACAUGGAAGAUGUUAUCGCGAUCGUUACACACAUCGGCGAUCAGUCGGAACCAUAUUCCCACCCGUUCGUAUGUUUUUUAGUCUUUGAUGGACAUGGCGGUGUUGAGGCCGCUAAGUUCUCAGAAGAAAAUCUUUUAAAUGAAAUAAAAGCACAGGAAGGUUUCAACAGCGAUGACGAUGAAUUGGUGGUCGAAGCAAUUAAAAAAGGAUUCUUGUCUACCCACCAAUCAAUGUGGAAAGUUAUAGGAACGUGGCCAAAGACUCAGCAUGGCCUGCCAAGUACAUCCGGGACAACUGCCAGCAUGGUGUUGAUUCGCAAAGGCAAACUGUAUGUCGCUCAUGUCGGGGACUCAACUGUCAUGCUUGCUGAACAAGGAGAUUGUGGUCUCACUUGGAAAGCAAGAGUCUUAACUACGGACCAUAAACCUGACCUGCCAAAGGAAAGGCAACGAAUAGAAAUGUCUGGGGGGGAGGUGAUGUUGAAGUCGGGGGUCCCGAGGGUCGUGUGGCGCCGAGAAAGAUCCAUCAAGUUGCCCAACAAAAAAGUUUCUUCCAAAGAUUGUGUUCCAUUCUUGGCUGUUGCCAGAUCUUUAGGUGAUUUGUGGAGUUACAACGAAAGCACAGAAAUGUACUCUGUCUCUCCCGAACCCGAUGUUUCAGUCCAUAACAUCGAUCUCUCUCAAUUGAAAUGCCUCAUCCUCGCUUCGGAUGGUCUCUGGAAUGUGCUCUCUGCAACAGAAACUAUCAAGAUCGUCAUGAAAUCUCUCAAUGCUACACAUCAGUCUCAAUUAAAAAACGACUCUUUCUCCUGGUUGAACAUAGACCCAGCGAUGGCACUGAUUGAUGUGGUUAUGGCGAAGUGUAGAGAUCGUUACCUCAGGGCUGACAACACCAGUGUCAUUGUCGUGUUGUUUGAA